AUGUCAAGAGUGACAAAAAAAGUCGAAAAAUGGCUUGUUUCGGUGAUUCAGCCCCAAUAUGUGUACAAAAAUGUCGUCUACUCACAUGUAUACUAUUUUCUCACCAAAUAUCUUCCUCAAGGCUUUAAAAUUAGAACUGCCGUCUAUACUUCUGAUCUGGGAGUACCGCAACUCUUAAUAAACUUGAAUGGAAGCCUAUCAACUCAAACACAGCUCAUUCAAUUGAGUAUCUGGAUCCCGCAUAAUUACCCUUACGCUGAUGAUACACAUCCACAUGGAGAUGCUAACGGUGUUCCCUUAGUGUAUGUGGUUCCAACAGCUGGGAACACAAUCAGACCAGGUAAUAACAUCGACGCCCAGGGGAAAGUUUAUCACCCCUAUCUUGCUCAAUGGCACUCGAAAAUGUACGCCGGCGUCACUAACAACGAGUUUCUGUUGAUUAAUCUCAUGAAUGUAUUGGGUAGCACCUUCAGUCAAUUUUCACCAAUUGGCUCUUCAAUAACAUCGCAAGGCCCGCAAUUACCUCCAAAGCCACAGAUGUACAGAGACUCGUCUCUGAGUCUGACUCCGCUCCCGCAAAGAGAAUUUACCGGUCCUGCUCUCCCUGAAAAGCCGUCACUCUCACCCACUCCAGUUGAUUCAACACCGGAAAGGUAUCGUGCUCCUCCUCCAUUGCCUACGCAGAUGAACUAUAACUCUCAUCGUGUAUCUAGUGUUGAACCACAGUAUAGUGAGAGUAAUGGCGACUACUUAAGAAGUGAAAAAGCAAAUUCUGCUUCACCUGACCCGAACCACGCCAGGACGUACUCUCACCAAACGAGUAUUCCCCAAGAAAGUAGCAUUUAUAAAGAACAGCUCGAUCAUGUGCAAUUGCCAUACUCAAAAGAUGAAUUACAACGGAAAAAGGCAACAAGCGUUCCAAGUCCAAGAAAACAAAGCGUUGAGGACCUUAUGGAUAAAGUUACACUUCAAGACAAUUCAGUUCACAACACUGACCAAUUGGAGAGACUUGCCAUCCAAAUAAAUGCCUUUUUGGACCCGAACAAUGAAGAAAGUGUUGAUCACCUCAUUCCACAAAUUAAUGAGUAUACCAAUAGAGUCAUGGCUUUGCAAUCACAACUAGAGCAUCAUUCGAAGCAAGCGCAUGCCAAUCUUGAAAUGCUUGACUCGCAUGUCAAAUAUCUCGAGGGUCGGAUUGGCGACAUGAAAGACUUCAAUGAGGAGCUUGAAAAAACAGAGAAAUUGAACACUACAGGUAGUGACUUGGUGUUCAUUAACUCCAGUAGAAGUAUGCCUCUUGAUGAGCUUGUCACCCUGGACCUGAUUCUACUGCAUCAGCUAUAUGAUGUGUGCAGCGACAUCAAGGCCCACAAGGAUGCCCUUAGUCUUGUUGGCGGCAACUUCAAAUCACAGGGUGAGCUUAUCACCGACUCAAAUCUCGACAGUUGCGUCAAGGCUAUAAGAUCUCUUUCUAGGGACUUAUUUUGGCUAGAAGUGACGAGAGGAGAGAUAGCGAAGUCUAUGGGUUUGGAUGAUCAAUACAAUUGA